AUGGCCUUAACCGUCGUGGUGCUCCUCACCGCUCUCUUCUUCAUGGGUUUCUUCUCCAUCUACAUCCGCCGCUUCGCCGAAGAGAACACCCUCGAUCUCUCACGCCGCCGACGACAGCAGCGCAGGGCGGGGUCAGCCUCGUCGGCGUCCUGCCCCCGUGGUCUCGACCCAAAUACCGUUAAGUCUCUGCCGGUGUUCGCCUACGACGGGAGCGCCAAGGAGCCCGUCGACUGCGUCGUGUGUCUGAGCGAAUUCGACGAGGGGGAGGCCGUGAAGGUGAUUCCUUACUGUGGGCACGUGUUUCAUCCACAGUGCAUAGACAUUUGGCUGUCGGCUCAUGGGUCGUGUCCCCUCUGCCGCUCCACGCAGUUGUUCCCCAAGAACAGCGACGUCUCUGUGGAUAUAGCGGAGGAGGAGGAGCAGGCGGCGAAUGACAGAAGCGAUAACCAGUGUACUUGCUGCGAUCGUCAACAGGAGGAGAGAUCAUCAACGGCGGAGAGUAGAGUACAUAACCUUUUAGUGACGGGAUUUAUUCCUCACAAAUGGGCGUCUCACACGGACAUUCACCGUGUGUUGGAAACAUCUCCCGUGAAUAAUGACUAA